AUAUAGCGCCCUCAAGUGGUAAACCUUAGCAACAUGGCGGCGCGCAGUGGUCUUGCAGGUGAUCGCUCGAAACGUUACGAAAAAAUAGAAUUUCUCGGUGAAGGACAGUUUGCAACUGUUUACAAAGCCAGAGAUGUUGAAGAUGACAACAGAAUUGUGGCCGUUAAAAAGAUAAAGCUUGGUCAUCGAAGUGAGGCAAAGGAUGGGGUUAAUCGCACUGCGCUCAGGGAAAUCAAACUACUGCAGGAGUUGAAACACGAGAACAUCAUUGGGUUACUGGAUGUUUUUGGACACAAGUCUAACAUAAGUUUGGUGUUUGAUUUUAUGGACACGGAUUUAGAGGUCAUAAUAAAGGACAACAGUUUAGUCUUGAAACCAGGGGAUGUUAAAGCCUACAUGAUCAUGACUCUCAAAGGCCUGGAAUAUCUGCACACCCACUGGAUACUGCACAGAGACAUGAAACCCAACAACUUACUAAUAGAUACCAAUGGAGUUCUCAAGAUAGGAGAUUUUGGUCUUGCGAAGUUCUAUGGCAGCCCUAACAGAGUUUACACACAUCAAGUUGUCACAAGGUGGUACAGAUGUCCGGAGUUGUUAUUCGGAGCCCGUAUCUACGGUGUAGGGGUAGACAUGUGGGCCUUAGGUUGCAUACUGGCUGAGCUGCUGCUGAGGCUACCCUUCCUACCAGGAGAGUCCGAUCUGGAUCAACUGACCAGAAUAUUCCAAACACUGGGCACAGUAACUGAAGAACAGUGGCCUGGAAUGACACUUUUGCCUGAUUACAUAGAAUUCAAGAAGUUCCCUGGAACAAUGCUCAGCGACAUCUUCACCGCUGCCACAGACGAUCUUCUUGAACUCAUAGCAGCUCUGCUGUGCAUAAACCCUAUGAAGAGAUAUACUGCCACUCAGGCAUUGAAGAUGGAGUAUUUCAGCAAAAAGCCUGGCCCAACGGUAGGCCGUGAGUUACCGAUGCCCGGGGUACCAGCCGCUGUCCUGAAAGAACAGCAACACACGAGGGCAGCAACCAAGAGGAAACAACCGGAUGAUUCGGGUCGCUUAGCAAAGAAGCUGGUCUUCUAGUUUUUGUCAAUCAUAUUCCCACCCGAC